CCCCUUCAGGCUCUGCGGCGGAACAUCCAUCGUCCUCGCGGUGAUGGCGGCUACGCCGACUUCGCGUUAAGCUCAAGCUUCGGUUAUUUUUGUGGAACUACACGAUUAAAAUCGACAAACUGCCGAUUCAUAACGUGCUAGAAGCAGAGUGUGUCAUCUUGGUCUAACAAUUUCAGGGCUUAGAUCAAGAUGACUAAUGAAGAACCUCUCCCGAAGAAGGUUCGCCUUAGUGAGUCCGACAUGAAGACCCUGACUAGAGAAGAGCUGUGUGCAAGGUGGAAACAGCAUGAAGCGUAUGUCCAGGUGCUGGAGGCAAAAUAUGCUGAUUUAAACUCCAAUGAUGUGACUGGUCUGAAAGAGUCUGAGGAGAAGCUAAAGCAGCAGCAGCAAGAGUCGGCGCGCAGAGAGAACAUUCUGGUGAUGAGGCUGGCCACUAAGGAGCAGGAAAUGCAGGAAUGUACUACCCAGAUCCAGUACCUGAAGCAAGUCCAGCAACCCAGUGCAGCUCAGCUGAGAUCCUCCAUGGUGGACCCAGCCAUCAACUUAUUUUUCCUCAAAAUGAAGGCCGAACUGGAACAGACUAAAGACAAACUGGAGCAAGCCCAAAAUGAACUGAGUGCCUGGAAAUUUACACCUGAUAGCCAGACUGGUAAGAAGCUGAUGGCGAAGUGCCGCAUGCUGAUCCAGGAGAACCAGGAGCUUGGCAGGCAGCUGUCCCAGGGCCGCAUCGCCCAGCUUGAGGCUGAACUCGCCCUGCAGAAGAAGUACAGUGAGGAGCUCAAGAGCAGUCAGGAUGAGCUCAAUGAUUUUAUCAUUCAGCUGGAUGAGGAGGUAGAGGGCAUGCAAAGCACCAUCCUGGUUCUGCAGCAGCAGCUGAGGGAAACCAGGCAGCAGCUCUCUCAGCAAACCCAGGUCCAGGGCAGCUCUAGUGGUGCCGGUCCCAGCAGGACUUCCCCCUCUCCCCCUUCUGCCUCAGAGCCACCCACUCAAACUGAAGCAGCGCCCACUGCCAGCUCUGCUGUGGGGAAAGACUGCGGGAGGGUGUCAAACGGACCCUCCAAUGGGAACUCGUCUCAGAGAGGUGCAUCUGGGUCCAGUCUGUACCGCGAAGCAAGCAGUGCAGACGAGGAUUAUCCACUGUCACCCUCAGUCUCCAGCCCUACCCAUGGGUGUGUGUCAAAACUCUCCAACCACUCAGAGGAUGCAGCGAGCCAAGGCGGUGGGGAAGGUUAUGUGACUCAGCUCAGUGCAGGUUAUGAGAGCGUGGACUCUCCAACAGGCAGUGAGACAUCAGUGACCCAACACUCUAACGACACAGACUCCAAUGCUGACUCCCACGAGGCUGCUGCUGUCUCCAAGGGCAACAGGACAAGCACCCGCCAUGGUGCACAGAAUGGCCUGGACUCGGCUGCAGCUGCUGCUACGGUUGCCACCAACUCCUCAGUAGCCUCCAAUGCGUCCACAGGGUCGGUUUUGUAAUAUUCUUAACAUGUGUGUUUUUUUUUUUUGGUUUUUUUUAUACUCAUGACAAACAAGCCACACAUUUAGGGACAGUUAGGUUUUCUGGUGUGUUUUUUUUUUUUUUUUUUUUUUUUUUUUUGCUUAAGAAAUUAAAAAUCCAAGAUGCACAUUUUUUUAAACCUGUCAUAAUUAGUUUUGCAACAUUUUCAUUUUCAAGAAGCCAAUUACGUUGAGCACCAGGCAAGUAAAUAUGUAAUUUGAUUGGUUGCCCCCCCCCCCCCCUUUUUUUUUAUAAGAUUUUAAAACUUUCUCUCUUUGCAGCCUCAGCCAUGUGAACACCACUGUUUCUGUAUGCUUAAUUAGCUCACUCACUAAAGACAGUCCUUUAUCAACUUUUUUUUUGUACCAUAAUGCUUGAUUAAGACGUGAAGCUGCAAGUUAUGUCUUCACUUGCCAUGCUGGUUCAGGUUGUCCUUAGUUUCUUGAUGUUAAACUUUUAAAAAUUCUGUUUUUCUGUUCUUCCCCAUGACAAGAGAAGUUUUGUUUAAUUUGUGUGUAGUUUUUUUCUGCGAUGUAUCUUGUCAGAUUCAUAUUCUGAUUUCAAUUCAUUUCAUGUACUGACCAAAUAUCAAUAAAGGCUUUUAAUGACACUA